CCCGCUCCCAACCCAAUAAUUCUGUCUGCCAUCCGCCUCUGCUAUGGACAAUUUUCCUCCUGGCACUCGAGUUGCUAUUCAUGAGGGCGACCGAUACCGCUACGGAACAGUACAAGGCACCGAGACAGUGGAGAAUAUGCAAGUUGCCAUUGUCAAGCUGGACGGAGGUGAUAUUGCCAAAAUCCCCAUCAAUGCUCUCACACGGGCGGGAUGAACCAAAAAGUUGGGAGCACCCUCAAAAUGCGGACUGCAUAUCUGUUAUCUGCAUGGGAUUCGGACCUUCUGAUUGCAGCUAUUUCAUCACGCAGUCCAUCUCCCAGACUCUUUCUGCUCGUAGAUUUAUGAAUCGGACAUAAUCGCGUCUGCGAUCAUAGAAGGGUUUCGUUAGCACAUUACACUUGACACUAUCCGGAAAUUAGGAUUUUACGGCGUCGGUAGAUUAUCAUAUAAGACAUCACGUACGCGACGUUCUGCAUGAUUGCGAUGCUCUCCAUGCGGUAG